AACUUCUCUAUAAACAUCUCAACACACAAAUAUUUUAAUAGUUAAGCAGUCAGUUGUGUCGGUGAGGGUCACUGUAUUUCAGCUCAUAUCAGAUGAAGAUAAAAACACCCAAUUGUCAACUGACAAUGGCUUCCUUUCAGACAGGUUUUAUAAGAGCACCGAUCUCUGUUAUGCUGUAUGUCUUGGCCUGUGUAACUGUCACGCAAGAGACAACCACAUUUGCUAAUCUGUCUGACCCCUGCUACAACUACGCUGUGCUGGACCAACCAUGGAGAGACAUCAGUAAUAUACCCUUUUCAGUCUAUAAGUGUGACGUCUCAGUCGCCUGGAGCGGCUGGUAUCGUCUCUUCGUUAAUGGUCUGAGUGCUCACAUCCCAGACACGUGUGUUGAAUAUGGUCACUGUGGCACUUAUGCCUCACUGUGGAUACCUCAUGGACACCCAACAGUUGAGGAUGGAGUCGUCACUCGAGAGGCCUGCUCUCAGUGGGGUGAUUUCUGCUGCUAUAUCAGGUCUUUUCCCAUCAAAGUCAAAGCCUGUCCAGACAAUUAUUAUGUGUAUGAGCUGGUUAGUCCAACUGUCUGCAAUGCAGCCUACUGUGCAGAUGUUAGCAGCAUUAACACCAGCUCUACAGCCAUCACACCAGCGACCAUCUCAACUGUUUAUCCCUCUGUUGACUCCUGCAACAACUACACUGUGUUGGACGAACCAUGGAGAGCCAACAGCAGUCACCAAUCAAACUCCUACAAGUGUGACCGGUGUAUCACCUGGAGCGGCUGGUAUCGUCUCUUCAUUAACGGUGUGAGCACUCAGAUCCCAGACAUGUGUGUUGAAAUCUAUAGCUGUGGUGCCCAAAUGCCACUGUGGAUUCGUGGUGGACACCCAACAGUUGAGGAUGGAGUCGUCACUCGAGAUGUCUGCAGUCACUGGAACAAUUACUGCUGCUAUUACGGGUCUUACCCCAUUAAAGUCAAAGCCUGUCCAGGCAAUUAUUAUGUCUAUGAGUUGGUUAGACCAACUAUCUACCCAGCAGCAUACUGUGCAGUCGCACCAGAGACGAGCUCAGCUGGUAUAAAUAUAACACUGCAGGAAGGAUGCACUAGUCAGACUGGAGGAUGUUUGCAAAAUAUUCUUGAACAGAUAGAGAACUUCACAGCUCAAGUGCUUCCUUUGGAUACUGUGGAAAACAUUUUGAAUAUGGUAUUCAACGCUUCAGAGAAAAUUGUAGAGUCAUCAGCAGCAGCAAACUCAACUGAACUAGCCUCCUAUGGAAACCGCAUGUUAAAAGCCAACGAGAAACUCAUUUCUACAUUAGUGAAGCCGACAGACACAAGUGGCAAUGUCAGUUUUAUUCUUGCUGCUGUAGAGGGUCAAGUCAUCAUGGUUGGACCACAGUUCACCUUAGAGAAAAUCCCUCGACUUGACACAUCAAAUUCUUCUGUGGACAUUGAUCUCAUUGGGAUUGCCAGGAACAACAUUGAAAGAUCAGCUGCUGUGGCUUUCAUGAGCUACAACACGAUGGAGAAUCUACUGAAGCCAGACUUCUUCAACACAUCAAACAACAUGACUAAAACCAUGAUGUCCACUGUGAUCUCAGCUACUCUUCCCAAAACUACCAACACUAAACUCACCAAACCAGUCAACUUCACCUUCAGACACAUCAGAGAGUUAGAUCCCAAUGGUUCUCUGUCCUGUGUGUACUGGAAUAUCAGCGAGUGGAUUGUAGAUGGUUGUUCUGUUUUAAAGACCAACAGCAGUUACACUGUGUGUUCCUGUGUUCAUCUGUCCACAUUCGCUCUCAUCAUGCAAACCAGCCGCCCACCAGAGAGCGACUCACUGCUGGAGCUGUUGAAUUCGGUGUGUGUGAUCGUGGGGCUGGUGUUCUUCAGUUUGGCCCUGAUGACCUUUGCCCUUUGUCAGUGGAGGCCUGGAGUGAAUAAUGUGGCUCGAAUCAACAUCUGCAUCAGUCUUCUGCUGGCUCACCUUCUGUUCCUGCUCACACAGCGGUUCCUGAGCCUCAUACGGCCUCAGCAGGUGUUGUGUGCCGUAAUCUCAGGCCUUCUGCACUUCCUCUUUCUCUCCGGCUUUGUGUGGAUGUUCAUUGAAGCUGUGCUGCUCUUCAUCUGUGUGAAGAACCUAUCACAGAUCAGCUCCAAAAAAAGGGAGGUGCUUAGCAGUGGAUUCCUGUGUGUGAUUGGAUAUGUGGUUGCUCUGGUUGUGGUGUGUGUGUCUGUCGGUCUGGUUCCUGAAGGCUACGGCAGUGAACACUGCUGGAUUAAAAUGGAUAAAGGCUUCAUCUGGAGUUUUCUGGGUCCUGUUUGCGUCAUACUAGUGUUAAACACGAUUCUCUUCAUCAAGAUCUUCAGCCGUCUGAGCUCAACUCUCACAAAUCUCAAUGCUGAAGUUUCAAUGAUGAAACAAGCCAAGAUAAUGGUGUUUAAAACACUGGCUCAGUUUGUGGUUCUUGGUUGCUCCUGGAUUCUGGGUUUUUUCACUAAUGGCAGUAAGGUGCUGGAGAUCCUGUUCCUGAUCUUGAACUCCCAGCAGGGAACCUUCAUCUUCUUGAUCUAUUGUGUCCUCAAUAAUGAGGUCAGGCAGCAGUACAGGAAGUUCUUCAGAUGUCUUUGCUGUGUCAAACAACACUGAGGACAACAGCAUCAUAUUCAGGAAGUGAUAAAAACUGCUCAAGUGCCAUUAAUAUACAGCUGUUUUAAUAUAACAGAAUCUAUGUUUUUGGAUGUUUAACACAUUCUGGGGACACCUGAGACUUACAUUUUGUGAUGUUUCACUACUUAAAAGUUUAAAAGAGAACUAAAACAGCUUUGUUUGUUUGUUUGUUUAAUUAGUUGAGGGUGAAAAUCAUAGUUUUAUAGAUUUCUCAAAAUAAUCACUAUUAAAAUAAUAGCAAUUUUUUUUUUUCAGGAAUGAGGGACACAGGUUUUAUUGAUAUUGUGAAUUUACAUAUAAAACUAAACUAUAAAAAUAAGAAAAAAUUAACAGCUAAUGUCUUUAGUGUAAAAUGAAUCUGAUACUUAGCUUGAAUUUUAUAUUAAAACAUGAAUUGCAUUUUGCUUUCGUUCAUGUCACA